AUGACGGAAGAGCAGUCAUCGACGAGAAAUAACGUGGAGGAAGUUCAUGGACAGUUAUUCGAAGUAUUCCCUCGAUAUGUGAAUCUCUCGUACAUCGGCGAGGGUGCCUAUGGCAUGGUCGUAUCAGCUUUGGAUACGACAACUCGUGAGCGUGUAGCCAUUAAGAAAAUCUCUCCGUUUGAGCACCAAACAUUUUGCCAGAGAACUCUUCGUGAAAUAAAAAUCCUGACUAGGUUCAAACAUGAAAAUAUCAUUAAUAUCCAAGAAAUUAUUCGUUCGUCUUCUGUUGACACGAUGAAAGAUAUUUAUAUUGUUCAAUGUGUGAUGGAGACAGAUCUUUACAAGUUAAUAAAAACACAGAAAUUAUCUAAUGAUCAUGUUUGUUAUUUCCUUUAUCAAAUUUUACGUGGAUUGAAAUAUAUCCAUUCAGCUAACGUUCUUCAUCGCGACUUAAAACCUUCCAAUCUUCUUCUAAAUACUACUUGCGAUCUGAAAAUUUGCGACUUUGGACUUGCACGUGUUACAGAUCCACAAACUGAUCACACUGGCUUCCUAACUGAAUAUGUGGCUACUAGAUGGUAUCGUGCACCAGAAAUUAUGUUAAAUUCUAAGGGAUAUACGAAAUCUAUAGAUAUUUGGUCUGUUGGAUGCAUAUUGGCUGAGAUGAUCAGCAAUAGACCCCUGUUUCCAGGAAAACAUUAUUUGGAUCAGCUUAAUCUUAUCCUGGCAAUCAUUGGAUCUCCAACACAAGAAGAUCUCCAAUGCAUAUUUAAUGACAAGGCUCGUUCCUAUUUAAUAUCAUUGCCACAUAAGCCUAAACAACCCUGGUCAAGGCUGUAUCCAGGAGCAGAUCCUAGGGCUUUAGAUUUAUUAGAGAGAAUGCUGACGUUUAACCCACACAAAAGAAUAAAUAUCGAAGAUGCUCUGGCUCAUCCAUAUUUGGAGCAGUAUUACGAUCCAAAUGACGAGCCCGUAUGUGAAGAGCCAUUCACAUAUGAAAUGGAGCUCGAUGAUCUUCCUAAAGAAAAGCUGAAGGAACUCAUUUGGCAGGAAGCUGAGCUUCAUCAUAAACGAAUGACAGAAGAAGCUGCACAGAUGGAUGUUCAGAGCGCUUAA